CAACUUGUGAAAUUGCUCAAAAUUGCUGAACUAAUACUUAAUUCAUUAAAAUGUGGCUUCUAGUACACGAAAAAACUGAAUGUACGUCUGGAAGAAAUUACCGUGAGAAACCGUCAAGAAUACAACAAGAGAUCCACAGAUUUGCAGAAGAAAAUGCAACUUAAAGGAGAGGUACAGCCUGCCAUGUCUGGAGAUUUAAUUAACAGUUUCUCCGCAAGCGAGAUGUGUGACCCUCUCCACGAAGUGAAGAUGGGAGGGGGGAGGCAAGGACAACGUGAGGGGGGGGGGGGACCAAGGUCGAGAGAAUAUGCAAGUGUACACAUGUGCAUGUUUUGUUCUUAUGUGCUGUUUUGCCACAUAUUUAAAUGUUUAUAGCACUUAGUUUCUACGUGCUGCUUUGUUAUCAGACAUAUUCAGCAAAUGAACAUUACAACUGUACCUGCCUAAUGCAAAACAACGGAAACUCAAAAAAUGAACAUUUUAAUAUAUUUUAGUUUUCGAAUACGUUUUAGUGAUCAUCGGUAAAUAUUAAAGUGUCCAUUUUUUAUAUAAAAAUAGGAAAAAUAUCAAAAUGUUCAUUUAAGCUACAAAAUAAAAAAUACUAAAAUGUUCAUUGUUUUUAUAAAAUGUAAAUUGUUUAUGGGAAAGUAUUAAAAUGUUCAUUUUCGGAGUUACUUGUUUAUUGUUUCUCCGUGGAAACUCCGCCAAUUACAGACCUAUAGUCUCUACUGGGGACAGCAGAGAUCAAUAUUUAAUGCCAGCGACAGCGUGGACAAUUAUUGACGAAGUGAAAGCUAUUUACACAGACUAUAUCGUGUUUAAUUACUUAUGAGCUUAUAUAUAUUUUCUGUCAUUAUAAAUCGCCAAAUGAAAAUUUAAAAUUGUUUAUUGUAAUUUUGGAACUUAUAUUAAUGUCGUAAAGUGAAAUAUCUCAAAAGUGAAGAGAAUUUGUGGCGAAGUUCACUUGUUUGGUAUAGUUUAGCAGUGACUUUCAACCAGGUAAAUUAAUUUCCUAAUGCCAUUUUAGGUAAAGCCGUGAAUAUCACGCAUAUACAUUUAUUUUAUUUACGCAUAUACUUACACCUGUUUUGAAAAAUUACUUGUUACGCGUAAUGUUUUAUAUAACACUUUCGAUAUUUCACUGACACUUAUGUUCGCUCGAGUGAGGCACAAAAAGUUUAGAACUAUAAAUAUAUUUUGGGAUAUUGUUAAGAGUUGGCCGCAAUUACCUCUCGACAUUGAACAAUUUUUCACUCGUAAUAUUCUAAGAGAAACAUGCUAAAUUGUUAUUUUGAAUAUUUUGUUAUGUAUAACUUGUCUAGGUGGAGAUGAAGAAGAUAGAUGAAAGAAAACAACGUGAAAUCGAUGAGGCGAAAGCAAAACUGGAUGGCGCAGAUAAGGUUUGAAUUGGAUUCCCUAAUGUCUCCUGAGAGUGCGACAAGCGAAUCAAUCGUGUGUUCCGUGAACAACUUUUUGCAUACUCAAAUGGUGACUGAGUGGAAACUACGGUUGACUUAUUCAAUAUAGAUAAGCUAUAGUGAACCAAUCAGUUCAAGAAUGCAGAACUUAUUUCGUAAUCGCGGCUGUCGUUAAAUGUGUCUGAUCAUAUUUUUGCCUCAGUCGCUGCAUGCAUAGGAGGUGUGCUUUUAUGGGGAGCCCAAAAAAAUUAAAAUUAAAAAUUAAAAUGAUUAUAUUACUGUGAAAAUCCUCUAACAACUGUCUUCGUAACAAUAAGUGUUGAAUAAAAGUUUGCGAGACGCGAAUUAUACAGUCUUGAAUUGUGACUGAUUACAAACUUUCAAUCACAUACAAGGACAAUUUUAAUCUUUUUUGGGUCCAUAGCAACUACAUUUAACGACUAGUCAAUCCGAUAUAUAUGGAUAACGUGGAUUAGUUUGUUUAAGUCAUCGUAACAGCUGCCUUGAUUUAUUUUGUUACCGCUUUUCAACCUAAGUUCACAGACGGCAGUACAACUGGCCGACACAACGAAAGUAAUUUCGUUAUACAAAUUUAAUUUCGGCAAAUUUAAAUUCUUAGAAAAGCAUAAUAUAAAUAAUUAUGUUAUUUUUCGUAUUGUACUACCGUCGUGCAGCCAGGAUAAUAUACAGAAAGUAUAUAUAUAUAUCACUUCUCCCGUUUUACAAUUGUGACGUCAUAGGGACUACCUGGGAAUGUUACAACGGAAAUUUCUGCUCAUCUUUGGAUAGACAAGAUUUCCCAGCGACUAUAUCACGUGUUAUUCUUUAUGUUUGCAGAAAAAAACCAAGGAGGUGUUAAGUCUGAUUGUUGCUCAUUACCAGUCCCUUGAAAACGACGUUCGCGCGCAAAUUCAACUUGAACAUGACGUGGAACAGGAAAAAAUUAGAAAGGUAAGCAAACGAUCUCCCCGUUGACCCGGAUUACACACGAUACAGAGGUCUGAGCCAGCCAAAAACCCGUACAGCCGCCACGCCGUAAUUCGCAACCGCAAAGCACUCUAUGUCCCCGCUGAACGCCUAAGCCAAGCCGGUCAUUUUGAAUGUUUUCAGGAGAUAAACGAGUUGUUCAGUUCCUCUUGUUGUUACACUGGAUCAAAAAUGAACAGUUUAGAACCCACAGAUAAAUUGUUUAAUUCAUUUUCUGAGUAGUUAUUGCACAAAGCUAGCCUGAAUAUCAGGCCCGCACAAAGCAAGAAAGCUAUUUAAACGGAAGCCACAAAUAUUUUACGUGUUCUUUGACAGGAAAUUUCAGUGAACAGCAGACUGACUUCUAAGGAAGCUCAAGGCAGUUUAAUCAAGGAAAUGAUAACUGAAGCUGAAAUAAACGAAGAAGAAGCAGGAAUGAUCGUCUCAGAACAUCUAGACGCCAUUGCUGCCGUCGAGAAAAUACACGAUGAUGAGAAGUCACGUCAAGUUAUGGCGCUGGAGAUGAGAUUAGAGGAACGCAAAGCUAUGGCACAACAAAUAGUAAGACAUUUUUAUGGAUUUUUCGCAAUCUCUAAUUGACAGAAAUAUAACCUUUAAGGAGUGUGAGAUAUACUUUUAUUACCUUCUUUCUAGCGUGAACAAGAAGAGCAGGAAGCCCAAGUGUUGGCGACUAUGAAAGAGAAAUAUGACAAUGCUUUGGACAAUUUAGUAACUUCUUCGCAAGUUUCCGAGGCGGAGGCAACAGCUUACCGCGAGAAACUGUUUAAAGAUGUCGACACUUUGGACAAAAAACUCGAGAAACAGAAACACCGACAGGAAGAGAAUCUUCACGAUCGUUUGACUUUGUUGAAAAAGAAGAAACUACAAGAGAAGGUUAACUUUCUAGUAUUUAACUUUCAUGCAUAGAAAUUAGGGCGGCGUGGCUUUCUGAUAGGUACUCCGGGAAAAUGACACUUUAGAGGUCUAUUUUAUAAGAUAAGGCGCAUUUUUUGUCCAAAUACUAUGGACUCGUGAGGAAAUGUUCCGUUGGACUAUCUCGCCUCUAAAUAUGAACGAAGAAAUUAGCGACAUCAUCCAGGUGAAUUGUGAUAUGCGUAAAAAAUCGUUGAAUUUGUGGACCUAUGUUGGUCCAUUACACAAGCCGUGAACUGGUGAUAAUUCAUAAACUGUUUUCAUUUUCAAUCAUUCUAAAUUUCAUCAUAUUUUCUUGCUAGGAAGAAGAAUAUAAGUUAGAAAUGAAAAAGUUGGAAGAGGCGAACAAUGAUUCUGAAAGUAAGUUGAUAUCUUAAAUUAAGUUUUGGGCUUAAUUUCCAUAUUACCAAUGACAAUUUAAGUGUAGCAAACUUCAUCCUUACCCAAUCCUUACCUGAUUGUAGUCUUAAUUCUCACCCUAACCGAAAUCCUAACCUGAUGCCGACCGUAAUCCUUCCCUACUAUACUAACGUAAUUUCGAUGCAUUAUUAUAAAAAGUCACUGACGUUUUGAGACUCGUAGUGAUUUGCCAGAGGUGGAACAAAUUCGUUGUUUUAAACAUUCCAGGUCCCAAAGAUGUGAUCGUUGCGAGACAAGAACUUACUCAGAAAUAUAACGAAGAAAUUCAUGAAUUAGAACGAGAGCUUGAUAAAAAUGUAUGUAUUAACACUAACAAAAAUACUCUUAAGUAGCUACGACAAAACGAAGAUACACCUCAUUCUAACAAUUGGUGAAUUUUUAUUUUAAUCAUCACUAUUUUUAUAAUCAGACUUUGUGAAUAGUCUUAUGUCCUAGAACUGCAUGAAUGAAUUAUAUGAAGGAACAAGCAGUGGAUACACAAUUUUUAAUUAAAUUGCAACUUUCCGCAGGCUGCCCAAGACUUGAAGGAACUUCGCAGUCGAAAUGCAGAAGAGGCUCGCGGAGAGUACAAAAACAAGAUUGAAAAAUAUUACAAGGAAUUGAUGAAGAAAGGUGAGAUUCGUGUGUGAGUAACAAAUGCGAUAAGAACAUUGCUUCUCACAUAAAUGGUUCAUGAAAAGAGCAUACAUCGUACUGAAUGUGGGUUACUGUAAUGUGAUCUGAUGUUCUUAUGUUUCCUUGUAAACACUUGCAGUUCACUCACCUGAUUAACAGGUUCCAAUGCGAGAAAACCUGCGAUGGAUAGUGUUCCACGCAGCUAGGGGAGUCUAUAGCUGGAAUCCGUAGGAAGUGGUAGAAAAGUACCAAACGUUUAAUUUGAGUUGUAUGGCACUGGAAGAUAGUUAAUUGCUUAUGAGUAUUAUAUUUUCAAUUUGAUUCAAGGUGCCAUGCAAGAAGACUAUACCCAGCUGUUGGAGUCACAUGACCAAGACGUAGCUAGGAUCGUAGAAAAUCAACAAGCGCAACAAAAUAAACACAGAAUCGCUUUAGAGGUGGAGUAGAACGACUUCUUAAAUUAAUGAUUGAGUUUUGAUGUAUGAUGUUUUGAUAUAGUGGUAGAGUUGUGGACUUGUGGUGCAUGGUAUAUUGAUAUACUUGUUUUACUAUGAGUUCUUUUCUCCUCAGGAAAAACUAAGUAAGCGUCGGGAAUUACUAACGGAGAAAAUGAAAGCCGAACAAAAGGAGCAAGAACAAAUUAGGAAUGAAGAACAAAAAGUAUUAAAGUAAGUCUGAUUUGGAACAGUGUAAUAAUCAAGACUUAAUUAAGGCUCGUAACUCAUAUAAUCACAUGCAACGAAAAUCGUAACGUAUUAAAUUCUCCGGCGGGGGGGGGGUAUUUUCAACCAGAAAAGCCUGAUUUCCUUUUAAUGUAGUAAACAAGCAUUACAUGCAAGCCUAACUUGUUUAGGACUGUCAAUCCGGCUAAACGUUUCGGCAUUUUAUUACGUGAAGCACUGUUAUUUAGGAACAUGAUAGAUAAUCAAGUUGUGAUUUCGGAAGAAGAAAAAGAGAAAAUAUUGCGUGAACAUGAACAAAACAUGGCUGAACUAGAAAGCAGGUAAAUUUUCUAUUUUUUUACUUUUUGCUCGUCUUUAUGCUAAAUAUGAAAUAUUCACCUUUCAACAUUCAAUUUUUUCUCCUUUUGCCAUUCGUUCCCUUUUUUCCAUGAUCUUGGUGUAAUUGGAUGACUCUGCCAUGCAUGUUCUCAUUUUCUGUAAAAUGCCACACCUCUCAAUCACUUUCUUUCAUUUCUUACAGUUUAACAUUAAAUAAGUUAAGACAGAAACAAAUGUUGGAGGAAAAAUUGGAAAAACGACGAAAAAUGAAGAUGGAGAAGUUACAACAGAAACAUGAAAAUGAAAAUAAGGUUUGUGAAGAAUUAAAUAUUCUCUUCGUAGUGUCGAAAGCAGUACGACCGUUUACUCUUACCAAAGUCUCUCAACUGUAUGAUUUUACGAUUUGGAAAACAUGUCCAGUAAACAACAGAACAAUACAUGUAGCUACCUAAGCUUUUCAGCCCUUGACAAACAUUGUUUUGGAAACAAUUAUAUCUUCUAAUAUCUAGUUGUGGUAUAUGGCUGGAUAAUUUUCAACUAUUCGGCAUCUUAGGUAUCCAAUAACGAUACAGCCCUAACACUGUAAUGUUGGACAUGUCUAAAUUUCAGAGAAUCAAAAUCGAGAAUGUUGAUGGUGCAACGGAAGAAGUAGACCUGCUGAAGAAACAAGAAAUAGAAAAACAACAACUCAUGGAAAAUGAUGCGAAUAUGGAAAACGAAGUGGAACAGGUGCUGUAGUGAACAUACGUAACUCGUCUCCCAGUUGUACUGUAUAAUUACUGUAUUCGUUAAAGAUUAAGGGCGUUUUUGUGGGUGAAAAUUUUGAGCGAAGUCUAUUGCUGGGGGGAAUAGGUUUUCGGAUCGUCGGAUUUCACAGAAAAAAAAUAUUCGGAUUUCGGAUCUGGCGAAUAUUUUACACGGAUUUGUGGAUCUUAUUAAUACAGCGGAUUGCGGAUUUAUCUAAUAUUUUGGCUCGGAUUGUGGAUUUAGCUUGCAAUUUAGUUCGGAUCCUGGAUUGUGACUUCAUAGUAGAGCUUUUAGCGGAUUCAAAUUUAGAAAAGACCAUUGUCGGAUCGCGGAUUUUGCUUCAAAUUUGGGCGGAUCGGCGGAUUUGUAUACCCCUAUUCACCCCAUUGUUAAUUUCUUAAUUAAGACCUUACUCAGAGUUUAGAACACCAGUAUGAAGACUAUAUAUUAAAGAUUGUUCGUUUAUGUCCUUAGAUUCGAGAAGAAAUGCUAAAUGCACGUAUGGAAGCCCUUCAGGAGCACAAUGAUCGUCUCGGAGCUCUUAUUGCAGAUCUACAGAUCAAGAGAGCUAACCAGGUAGUGUAUGCAGUCUGCAGUAGUAGGACCAUUUCACUAAACACUGUCGUACACAGAUGGUAUUGAACUGGAGGUUAUCAGAGUGAGAAAAUAUUGUUAAUUCUUUUCGUUUUGCGUAUAGUAGACUUGGUAGAAAAUAAAUAAAAUUGUAUUUUCAUUUCCUCGUACACAUAAGUAAGAACAUAUCUAAAGUUGAUCACCAAUUUAUAUUUGCAAUUCGAAUUUGAAAUUUCUAGCCAUCUAAGCAAUGAAAAUUCACAUUUGUUUAUCUCUUACGUAUUUAAUUGUACAAUACAUAUAUCUUAAAAUGUAGUUUUCGUUUUAUAUUUUCCUAAAAUGUCUCUUCUCGUUGCAUAGAUUGCUGAAAUCAACAAACAACAACGUGCGUUAGGUCAACUUCAGACCAGUAUUCUCGAUGAUCUGGAUGAGAAAGGUGUUUUGGUUGAUCCUGAAACUAAGGAAAUAUUACAGAAGCAUCAGGAGGUAAGUACUGAGUGGACAUGAAUUAUUAGUUCCUUACUUGGGUUAUCAUAGGGAGGAUACUGUACGGCCACUGGUUAUGGAAGGGUCCAACCAUCAUUAUCACAACAAUUUAUAAGAUUUUUAAGAUAGAAAGUGUGAGGAUCUUUCUAAUCAUUCAAUUUUCUUGCACAAACAGCAAUCUCAAAAGUUGGAGAAAAUUUUGCAAGAUCAACGUGACCAGCAAGAAACGGUAAUGGCAGUUCUUUGUUAUUAAAGUAUUAAGGAGUCUUGAUAUAAGAUAGCUCUUUUUUUACCAAGUGUUCAUUUAUAACACUUUGGCCACUUUCAACUGUGGCUGUAUCCUUUCUUCGUCGCUUUCGUUCCUGAGAAUUCGACCGCCAUGGUACGUUUUACUUUACAGGAUAUCUCCAUGUUAUGUUCACUGGAUUUUCUUCUUCUCGCGACAUUCUUUCAUCUUCUGUGAUAUCGCGAUAAUGCUUCAGCUUUUAUCAUUUCUACGUCUCUCUCAAAUUUAUCUAGGCUCUGAAAGAAAGAUUGCGUGAGAAACUGAAACAAAAAGAACAGCGGUUAAUGCAAGAACAAAAGGUACUAGAAAUCUUCAAUAGGCUAGGGUUACGAUCAAAGCAAAUUUGUGUGAGGUCUACAUAACGAUAUUUUAAGCGACGAUAUUUCAUAUUGAUCUUACAGUACUUCGUUUUUUUUCCAGGAUGAGAUUACAAAAUACAUCGAUAACAUGCAAGAUAACAAUGCUCUGAUGAAGUUCCGCAAAGCAGCUCUGAAAGCGAGACACAAAGCGCAUCUUGAUCAAGAAAAACAGCAAAUUGAAAAAGAAAUUGAACAGUCUGUUAAUGAAAUGAAGUUACAGUUAGAGUUGAACAGACUGAAAGCUGUUGAAAAACAGGUUGGCAUUUUCUCAAUCCAUAGUCGAUCAAAUCUGGAAACUCGUAUCUUUUUGUUCAUGCAUGUUUUUGUAAACUUGUGCAUGGUGCAGAACCGUACUGAACGAAGGUGGAAGAACAAAGACAGGAUAUAGUUUCAUGUCUUGCUGUUUUGUCUCGGUCAGAACUUAGAUUAGGGUCAAUAUUCAUAAACGGCGACAUUUGAAUCAACAACGGGAAGACACGUUGAGCAACCACCAGUGACCUCAAAACUCAAGAUAAUGUGCAGACUGUCAAGAAUUCUAAUAUUGUGCAAUAAGCUGCCGUUGUUAGUGUUAGAAGUACUUAAGAAAAAUGAAUAAAUAAGAGAACCCUUCGCCAAGGAGUUCGUGGAAUGGAAUGGGAACUCGUCUCAUCAAAUACAUUUUAAUUUUUUCCAGAGUAUUCAAUUUAUCUCGGCUUUGGUAAAGUGUGGAAAAAUACAAGAAGAAGAACUAGACUCUGUACUUCAAGUCUUAUUCCCAACAAAGUAAGCUCGUCAUGUGUGAUUUCAAAUAUCCAUACAGAAGCAGUAAGAAUCUUAUUUUGUUUAAACUUGCUCUUCAUCUUUUAGGAAACCAGAAGAAAUUGAUGAACUACUUACUCAAAUUUAUGGACCUUCGCAUACGAGAAGUAGUGCUUUGGCAUUACACUCAUCCAAGUAAGUUUAACAGACAGAACAGUGAUAUUUUCUAUACAUCUCUCUCAAAUAUAGAACUCUAAAUAUCUGAAUAACCUUUCAUUUCAGACCUUCAUCUUUGGAGAUGAAAGUUAUCGCUCAAAUUAGUCCGAUGCCAUCUAAUAGAAGGUAAAUCUUUAGUUAGCAUAUGCUGACUAAUUUCUGCGUCAAUCCUUGACAUCUAGCUAUUAUCGGAUUCAUAAGGUCAGAACAAUGAGGUUCUACAUAUAAUACCAAAACCGAAUUCAAUAAUUGUUUUACUAUACAUUAAAUGUGAAAUAUAUCACGAUUGACUAUUGAGAAAAAAUAAUAAUUCGGCACACUUCUUUGUUAUAUUUAGGAAAGCCAAGCCUCGUUUUGAGAAACCAGAUGAUCUUGAUGAUCUCCCGCCACCGGAAGUGGCGUCCAGUCUUCCUCCGGUAAUCUUACAAGGCAACAAAGGCUUUAAUCUUGAGAACAGCUUGCACAAUGGUAGCAAGAAUAAUACGAGAACUGAAGGAAAGAAACUGGGGAGAGUACGCUUGGCACCACUUGAUAAACAUUGACAUGCACACAGGUUGAAAACUGACAUAGCCUUAAAGCGAGGUAAAUGGUUGGUUUAAUUCCCAUGUACAAGAAUUUCAAACUUUACAUUCGUGACGCAAUCGAAAGAACGAGGCUCUACGGUCAAGGUGACGUACUCCCCCGGAAGCACACAUUAUUUUGAUCGGUCAAUUUCCGUAUCGAUAAUCUUAAUCCUAAAUUUAAUCCUUGUUACAGCAUUUCGGGAUAUUUAAAUGAAGUCACUCAUGCAAUAAUAAUUUCUUAACGUAAUCCUCACCUUAAUGAAUAAUGGCAAUUCUAUUUCUUAAUCUUCUAAUAUUCCUGAUUCUGCCACUAGUAUUAAAUUUCCACAACCGCUGCCUCCCACUUGCGUACGCAUUUGAUUGGUUAAUCGGGCAGAUUGAAUGUAUCUGAUUGGUUAAUCGGGCAGAUUGAAUAUAUCUGAUUGGUUAAUCGGGCAGAUUGAAUGUAUCUGAUUGGUUAAUCGGGCAGAUUGAAUGUAUCUGAUUGGUUAAUCGGGCAGAUUGAAUGUAUCUGAUUGGUUAAUCGGGCAGAUUGAAUGUAUCUGAUUGGUUAAUCGGGCAGAUUGAAUGUAUUUGAUUGGUUAAUUGGGCAGAUUGAAUGUAUCUGAUUGGUUAAUCGGGCAGAUUGAAUGUAUCUGAUUGGUUAAUGGUAGCGGUAUUGGAAAUCAAAUCCGAACCUCCCUAUUAAUUCAAUAGAUGAAACCUGAAGUCAUGAUAAAAAUAUUUUCUUAACUCUAAAUCUAAGGGUAAUGUUGAUUUUCUAACAUAAUCCUAGCGCUAAUAUUAUAAUACAUCACUAACGUUUUUGUAAAAUGUAUACACAUAAACUAAAUCAGUUAUAUAGCAAUGCCAUCUGGAAAAUUUUGUCUGAAAAGCUAAUGAACGGCAUUUUAUCUAAUUUUUCUAUGAAAAUCUCCAUCUAUAGGUAUACACUUUAAUAGUUCAAACUUAAAUUAUGUCAUUUACCACUUUAAUAUAAUAAAACUUGAGCAAUAGACCGAGUUCUUUUGUUAAAUUUUAACUAUAGUAUAUAAUAUUCUUAUAAAGUUAGUUCUUUUUAGAAAUCAUGCAGUCACAUCAGUAUUAAAUAAAGGUUUCUAGUAAAUUAGAAGGAUAGUAUUUAAUAUACUAUUUGAACGAGUUAAUAUAUUAAUAUAUUAAUAUUACUUGUUUAUGCUCUGCAUAUUUAACUAUCUACACUUCUCAUCCGAUGUAUUAUACAAUUUUGCUCGAGCAUGCAUAUCUACAAUAUUUAUGUUGAACUCCAUAAAUGAGACUAUAAGUAUAAUACAGGGUAUAUAUAUAUAUAUAUAUGCAUGUAUGCAAAAUAAUUAUUUCUUUGUCAUUUUUGUUAAUAUGGUUGAUUCUCGUUCUUUAAGUUUCUUUUGCACAUUGUUCUGCAAUG